AUGGCGGCCAAGAAACGAUCCAAUGACACCUCCAACGAUGACAGGAAAUCCAAAAAGCCCAAGACGGAGAAGCCUACCACAAAAGCAGCACCGCCUGCAGCAUCUACUCUGAUUUCUGAGGAGGUCGACUUUCCUCGCGGAGGAGGGACAUCAUUAUCGGCUCUAGAGGUCAAGACGCUGCGAGCAGAAGCGGUUAAGGAGGCUGAUGAAGCACUCUUUGAGGAAAAUGCUGCCGCUAAAAAAUCCAAGAAGCGGAAAUCCACUACAAAAGGUGCUUCUGCAUCGGGGCACACUGAGAAGGGGGACAGAAUACGGAUAGAGCACUUGAACUAUAAGCGAAUCAAUAUUGGGAUGAAGAUUCUUGGACAAAUUGUAUCAAUACAACCGCUUGCUCUCAUUGUAUCACUACCGAACCAACUCUUCGCGCACGUUCCGAUCACCCAUAUUUCAUCACAAUUGACCAGUCUCCUAGAAGGGCAUACCGAGUCGGAUGAGGAACCAGAGGACGAUGAGGACGAGGAGAAUGGAUCACCUUCAUUUCGGGUACCAGAUCUUGCAGACAUAUUCACAGUAGGAGAGUAUGUCCGAGCAGUGGUAACUGCAGUGCAUGCUUCCGGCGUCGGAGACGUCUCGGUUAUUGGGAAGAGUAGAGAUGAUGUGGUUAGGACAAGCCGACGGGUAGAGUUGACUCUGGUUCCGGAACGCGUCAAUCAAGGCGUUCAGAAAGGUGACCUCAAGCCAGGCUUCACGAUAACUGCUUCAGUGCAAAGCAUUGAAGACCAUGGUUAUGUUCUUGAUCUAGGUGUUCCUGACGUCCCCGGCUUUUUGUCAUUCAAAGACGUUAAGAAGCACCAUCCGAAUGACACAACUCGGUUUCAUAUCGGACGCCUGCUCAAUGUAUCUGUUUCCGAGGACGCUGCGAAGGGACGAACUUGCAAAGUUACGUUAGAUCCUCGAAUAUACACCACUACACUGCUCACUGAAGUCUCUAACGUUACUUCUGUCCUACCUGGGACACUCGUACAAGCACUUGUGACCGCCGUACAUCCCAGUGGCCUUAACCUUCAAUUACUAGGUUUCUUCGACGGCACUGCCGAGCAACUUCAUCUUGAACCCAAUCAUACAUACAAAAUCGGGAAACGACUCAAAGCGAGAGUAUUAUACGACUACUCAACUACACCACCCCGCUUCGCCCUUUCGCUGAAUCCUCAUGUUGUCUCUCUCAAGCCGAGGCAAAUAAAACGUGAGGAAGGCAGUGAGCUAUCUACAGUGCAAGACGCCUAUCCGGUGGGGACAAUACUGGAAUCGGUUAAAGUCACGCGAGUCGAGAACGAGCGGGGACUGUUUGUAGAAAUUCAACCCGGUCUUGAGGGCUUUGUACAUAUCUCGCAUGUAUCAGACGACCACGUCACAUCCCUCCCACCUUCCUCAGGACCCUUCAAAGUCGGCUCUAUACAUCCAGCUCGCGUGACAGGAUACUUCGCUUUCGACGGCGUCCUCCAACUGAGCCUGAAGCCUUCCAUCAUCGCCCAGAGAUUCUUCCAUGUCGCAGAAGUCGAGGUCGGCGAAGUCAUCAAGGGCACUAUCAAGAAACUCACCGACAAUGGUCUCUUCGUCUCGCUCUCAGGGAAGUUCGACGGUGUAGUGUGGCCCAACCAUUAUGCAGAUAUCACGUUGAAGCACCCCGCAAAGAGGUUCAAACCGGGCGCAAGCAUCAAAUGUCGAAUUCUCCACGUUGAUCCAGAACGGAAUCGUAUCUCGUUGACUGCCAAAAAGACGCUGGUUGAUUCUACCCUGCCUAUCAUAUCAAAACCUGAAGACGCUCAAGCCGGUGUCGUGGUACAUGCAGUCGUUUUCAAGGUUUCUGAAAAGCAGCUGUUGGUGGAGUUUUACAACAAUCUCAAGGCUGUUAUCCCUCUUAGAGAAGUCAGUGAGAGCAAGCUCCCUUCUCUAGCGGAUGCGUACCCUAUAGGCAAGGUCGUGAAAGUUCGGAUACUAUCUACCGAUCUUGAAACGUCUCGCAUCGUGGCCAGCAUCCGUCAGGCGGCCUCUACCUCAGAAUUCACCACGGUCAACAUCGACGCAGUGGAGAUCGGAGACACAGUAGAGGGCAUCAUCUCAGAUAUUCACAAAGACAACGCUGUCCUCAUCUUGCAGCCGACGAAGGUCAAGGCCCUCCUCUCACUAAAAAACCUUGCCAACCAUCGCGGUGUCUCUGUCGCUGAGGUUCAAACUGCUGCGAAACGAGGAGAGAAGCUUGAGGAACUAGUGGUGGUCACGAGAAGUCCAGAGAAGGGUCUUGUCAUUGUGGCGAAUAAGCCGAAGUCGAAGAUCACCUUGGGUAAAAGCAAAGUCUCUCUAGACACCGUGACUAUCGGCCAAAUUGUCACAGGUCGAGUAACACGGCACACUCGCAACGGUGCCUUGUUCAAAUUCGGCUCACAUCUUGGAGGUAUCUUACAUCCCACGGACACUUGCGACGACUACGACGCCAGCGUACCGAUCCCAGACGUCAACACCGUCGUCAAAGCCGCAGUUGUUGAGAUUGCCACGGACAAGAAACAAGUAGCAUUGUCGACCCGGGCUUCAAGACUCGACCCUGACGGCCACCCUCUCAUAAAGGAUCGUGAAGUCAUAAAUGCGUCUGACUUGAAACAUGGGGACUCGGUGCGAGGUUUCGUUAAGAGCAUCACUCCACACGGUCUGUUCGUCAGCAUUGGUAGGCACGUCGAUGCUCGAGUGCAGAUCAAGGAAUUGUUUGACGAGUUCGUGAAGGAUUGGCAACCUCGCUUCAAGCUGAAUCAAGUGGUGAAAGGGCGAAUCCUGAGCGUCAAUGCCGAAGACAAGCGUGUGGAGAUGACCUUCCGGUCUGGAGACUUGAGCAAGGCUAGAUCUGCUCUCACUCUAGCGGACUUCAAUGUUGGCCAGAAAGUUGAGGGGACAGUGAAGAAGAUCGAGGAUUACGGCCUUUUCAUCCAAAUACAAGACUCUAAACUAUCUGGCCUUUGCCAUAAAACUCAGCUUUCAGACAACAAAGAUGCUGAUGUGACAGUGGCCCUUCGAGGAUUCCGCGAAGGGGACCGAGUGAAGGCUCUCGUCUUAGACACCUCGAAAGGUCGUAUAUCUUUGGGCAUAAAACCCUCUUACUUUGCGGAUGACGAAGUCAUAAACAGCGACCAUGAUGAGCCAGACGCCGUAGAGCCAAACGAGACAUUUGAUGGUGCCGAUGAGCAGGGUGACUCUGAUGCAAUGGCCCUGGAUGCGAAAGAGGCAGACGAUCACAACCCAGAUGCUGAGGAUGACGACGAAGCGCCUUCAGACGAUGACAAUGACAACAUGCAAAUCGAUUCUCACGAUCUAGUCCAGCCUUCCACCUCGCAGCAACAACCCUCCCCCUCUACGUUACCUGUUCCUACUCUACAAUUGCAAGGAGGUUUCCAAUGGUCGGCUGGCGAUUUCGACGCCAACGAUGGGAGCGAUGACGAUUCAUCGUCCGACGAAGACCAGGCCGAGGAUCAAACAAAAAAGCGGAAACGGCAAAAAAAGCAGAUAGAACAUGAUCUAACGGCAGAUAUGCACACGAAGACUCCCGAGUCGAAUGCUGAUUUCGAGCGUGUCUUACUUGGCUCCCCUAAUUCCUCGUUCCUGUGGAUACAGUACAUGUCCUUCCAGCUGCAACUAUCCGAGACAGACAAAGCCAGAGAAAUUGCCAAACGUGCUCUAGCAACAAUCAACUUCCGCGAAGAGCAGGAGAAAUUGAACGUAUGGAUAGCGCUGCUCAAUUUGGAGAACGUCUACGGCACAGAUACUUCUUUGGAGGCUACGUUCAAGGAUGCCGCCAGACACAACGACUCGAAGACUAUACAUCUUCGUCUGGCCGCCAUAUUAGACCAGUCAGACAAAGUCCAAAGGGCUGAAGAACAAUACAAGCGCACAAGCAAGAAGUUUGGUCACAGCUCAAAGGUGUGGACUCUGUUCGGAGAAUUCUAUCUCCGCCGAGGGGAAGCCGAGUCCGCGAGAAAUCUACUUCCUCGUAGCUUGCAAAGCUUGGAAAAGCGAAAACACAUCAAGACGAUAUCGCGCUUCGCUCAACUGGAAUACAAACUUGGGGAUGCUGAGCGUGGCAAAACCAUCUUUGAGGGGAUAGUAGAUUCACAUCCCAAGCGAUGGGAUAUGUGGUCAAUAUACAUCGACAUGGAGGCUGGGCAACAAGAUAUGCAAAGCGUCAGAAACAUCUUCGAGCGUGUUUUGGCAAUCAAGAUGACCAGCCACAAAGCCAAAUCGUUCUUCAAAAAAUGGUUGGAACUCGAGCGGAGAAUUGGCGACGAAGAGGGUGCUGACCAUGUCAAAGCAAAAGCGAUCGCAUGGACUCAACAAGCUGCUGGCUCAUAG